AUGUCCACAUUGGAGGUCUCAAGGAGGGGCAAGGGGCGCCCCCGGAAAGAUGUCAACCCAUCCGUAAAGGCUCAAAGGGAAAAGAACAGACAGGCUCAGAGUAUAUUCAGAGCUCGCAAACGGGCCACUGAGGCUGCAAAUGAAUUGCGAAUAUCCCAACUUGAGAACACGGUUGAACGGAUGGGCGAUACUUUCCUCGAGCUCGUGAACCAUGUUAUCCAGGCGAACCAGAAACAAAAAGACCCUGAGUUAACAGGGAGGCUUCAUGAGUCCAUCCACACGUUUCUCAUUUUAGCUUCAGCUUCAUCGGAUCAAAGGUGGGACUCUCCCAGCACCGGAAAUCAAGGUGACAGCCGCCAACAAGCUCCGCAUGAGGUUGAGGCCCCCGGCACCGAGGGGACAGCUGCGCCAGCAGCAAUCAUGACAGACGCAAGCUCAUUCCGGCCAGUAUCAGAUCUGCCAUCCUGGAACUCACAGAACUCUGGCAGCCUCUGGACCCUUCUUGAUCAAUUCGAUUCAACCCCAUCCUUGCUUCCUCAACUCACUGGGCCUCCCACCAACGUGCUGGGAAACGGUUGGACAAGGGACCUGCCGUUUUCAUACACGGCUACUAUCGGCGAGGCUGUUGGUCAUCCCGUCGCUCAGUCCAUGAGUACCCUCAUCAUUAGAGCAACCCUAUACUAUGUCUACUACAUUCUAUUGGAGGCAAACGACGGUAUGUACUCGGACGCUGCACGGGAUAUAUUUCGCUAUGCACUCAGAUUACACUCGAGAGACGAAAUAUUAUUCAACAUUCGAUGGUUUAUGGGCCCAGGGCAGCGAGAAGCCUAUAGAUUGGGCGUCACAAGAUUUCAACUUCUCAGUGCUCAAGACCGCGAACAUUUUCCAACAUUGAGUCCCGCUGUGGAUUCCGAUGCGCUGGGAGACAUUCAAGCACCAAAAUUGCAUAGUUCCAGUCUACGCCAAACACUACUUAAUGCAAGCGGCGUCGAGUCUUAUUUGCUACAGCACGGAGUUCGGAGGAUAACCGGAGAUAUCCUCGAAAUCGACCUAGGACAGUGGGACAAUUAUCGCAAAGCACAGUCGGCAACGGCUUUCACGUUCAAUCCCAAUCUGAUCAAUGCAGACGUAUUUUUCCCCGCCGUGUCGCAGGGCGGGAGCAGCGCGGCAGCGAUUCCAGCCCAACAAGUCUCUACGCCACGAACUGUGAGAUUCUCGGAAUCAAGUUUUAUACGGUUGCUAGCUACGCAGGCGUCACAUUGUUUAGCCUAUGGGCCUGCGUAUCGAAAAGACCGUUUGCCUGACUUGAUAGAAGCUGCUUCUGUCUCAGGUAUAUGGAAACAAUAA